GUUUGUACAUAUGCUAGAUUACAGCUAAGUUAACAUAGUCUACAUUCCACAAUAAGUAAUCAAUUCUAUAGUUUUCGAUUGAGGUACAACUAGCUUUGCAUAUUCUUUCUAAAGCAAAGCAGAGUUAUGUACCGAAGCGAAAGAAACAUGCGAGGUCGGGGUGGUCGUUAUAACAGGGGUUAUGGCAACCCUGGGCAAUUUGUUAAUGACAGACCACCAGGAGGUCGAGGUCAAGCAAGAGGUCGAGGUGGCGGCGAAGAUGGCGGUGCAGCACGAAACAGUAACUUCGGGGAGAAUAGCAUCAUUCAUCCGGUUGGUUUUAAGAAGUUGAAGGAGCUGGUCGACGAUGAUGACAUCCUUCCUCGUGAUCUCGUCAUCAAACUAUCAUCAAAUAGAUCAGGAUUUUAUCAACGACUCAAACUCACCAUGGAUGGAGGAAUGACACAAAUGGUUUUACAAGUUUGCGGAAAACUUUGUAAAGCAGAUGGCCCUCGCACUGCACAGUUAGAAAUAUUAAAAAUGCUGCGAAGCACGUUUGCGGAAAAACUGCCAGGUUUUAUUGCCGGGCUUAUUUUAGAGCCAUCUGGAAGACAAAGGCAAGCACCAAAUCAUGUGAUAAACUGUCUAUUAUUAAUGAAGGCAUGGCAAGAAUAUCUUUUGAAUUCCACAAUGAAAGAAGUGUCCAUGCUUCUGCUAUUGCUAAAACCAGUCACAGCACAACUGGGGAUCAAUAACAAUGAGAAAAUAAAUGAACUGAUUACUGAAAUUGAAACAAGAAACGCUGAAGCACAAAGAGCACAAGAAGAAAAGAAAGUGAAUCGCCACGAACAGCGCCGGGUUGAGUUAAACGAAAUGCACCAAUGCGCGCCACCGAAUAAUUUUCGUGAAAUAUCAGUUUUCCCCACCAAGGAGGACAUUACGACAAGAGAGGAUCCAUUUGUUCGUACCAACCUUGUUAAUAGAGCAUACACAGGUCCAGACCAUUACCUCGAUGUGCAGUUUCGUCUUUUAAGAGAAGAUUUUGUUCGUCCUCUCAGAGAAGGAAUUGAAAACUUUGUUACAUUGUGUACAAGUGGGAGUAAAAGGGACAGAAGCAAGAGACUUGACAAUGUAAAAGCUUACCAGGAUGUUCGUAUUGAUUAUCCCGUCCCUUCGAAUAGAGGUAUCCACUAUUACAUUCAUUUUAGUACUGAGUCAUUACAAAGAAUCAGAUGGGAAAAUACAAAACGUUUUCUUUUCGGAAAUCUUAUUUGUCUUUCUGAUGAUCAUUUUAAGGAGCACUUCAUGUUUGCCACAGUCGCGGACAGAGAUCCCAAGAAACUUGCAGUUGGUUACUUGAUGGUGGAGUUUGUGCAGAAAGAAGAGGAAGUUGUGGAAGAUGAGACAUCAUCAGAGGAGGAAUACGACGUGGAUGAUUAUUUAGAUGACGAUGUUGAUGAAAUUUUGGCAAGAAGAAUGGCUCGUCGGCUAAGGGUAACGAGAAGAAGUAGUCCAAUUGAUAUGAAGAAAACGUACACCAUGGUAGAAACUGAUGCGUUCUUUGAAUCUUAUCGACAUAUUCUGGCAGGAUUGCAAGAAAUAAAUGACGUCCCCUUAAGUCGAUACUUGGUUGAAUGCCGAGUUGACAUGCAACCACCAAAGUACUUGAACCAAGCAACUUCAAUGUAUGAUUUGUCCUCAAUACAAACUGAAGACUCUAGAUUGGGGAAAGUUAAUGUGCUGGAUUUGGAGAACUGGCCAACUUGUGAAGAUCUUAACAUGGAUGAUUCACAGCGUAACGCCAUGCAAGUUGCUCUAACAAAUGAGCUUGCACUGAUUCAAGGACCUCCCGGAACCGGCAAAACAUAUGUUGGGUUAAAAGUUAUGAGAGUUUUGCUAGCUAAUAUGAAGCCAAGCUUUGAAAGAAGAAAUCGCUUGCUUGAAAUACCGGAUCCCAGACAUCAAGUAGGGGCUUUGGUUGAAAGAAAACAUCCAAUUCUUGUUGUCUGCUACACCAACCAUGCACUUGAUCAAUUCUUAGAGGGAAUCGCAUCGUUUCAUCCAAGUGGUAUCAUCAGGGUUGGAGGGAGGUGCAAAAACAAAGAACUUGAGAAAUAUACCUUGAAGUGGUUGCGUAGAAAUAGGAGAGCUACUACAAACAAAAUUCACCGCACUGCUGUAUGGCAUGCACGCUGUGAAAUGGAAUCAUUGAGAAACACAAUGAAGAGAGAUGGUGAAAGAUUAGAAGGUUCAACUAAUUGCAUCAUCAACCUGAAACAAUUAAAGGAAGUUAUACCAGAUCAUCUUUAUGCUCAAUUUUUUCAAAUUGAAAACAAUGAAAAAUUUACAUCAAAAAAUGAGGAUGCUGCUUUGCUUACAUGGCUGGAUUUACAACUUAACCAAAAUGAGGGGGGAAGUGAUUCAUUUAUUUUAAGAGAGUCUACAGGAGUGGUUGAACGACAUUUUACAUCAAUGGGUUUUAGUUUGCCGCUUAUAAGACUUGCUAUCAACAAUGUUGGAUUGGAUAGCUAUCAUGUUGAGCAGUGGUUGCUGAUGCAUAUUAGCCACGUCGUGAGAAGCAAAGUGACGGUACAACGAGAUGUUGUUUAUUCCCACCUCCAAAGCUUACACCUUCCCCCUCAUCUUAUACAUUUGACACAACUGGGUUACGAACUACUAGAAGUUCAAUGCGGGUUGUUCUGCACAGGCACAGAUCAUCCACAUGUUGUGCUAGAGUGGCUCAAACAACAUUCGCCAAAUGGCAUUGGUAUGGUAGAUGAUAAUGACGACAACUUGAUGCCUGAGGAAGCUCAACUCAUUCAGGAACAAAGAAUGGUUGAUGAAGGUGAUGAACGAAAUGAACAAAAGCAAAGAGAGUUAAAAAGAGAUCGACAAAUCCAGAAGGAAAUAGCUGCAGCAACUUUUAUGGAUAUUUCAGGCAACACUGAGGAUGACGAAGCUGGUUGGAGUAUUACGCCCGAGGAGAAAAGACGUCGCAAACAAAGAAUAAAGAGAGAAAUUGGAAAAACAGAUGCCAUGUCAACAAAUGAAGCUAUACGUGUGAAAGAUAUAUUUGCUUUGAGCAUUCAAGAUAAAUGGAAGCUCUACAGGCGUUGGGUUGAAGAUUGGAAAGAUGGUUUACGAAGUUCUGUUGAACGACACACUGGCUUGUACAACAACCUCGCACGGAAACUUAAUGAACUUCGGGAAGAAGAAGAUUUUGCUUUGUUGGAGGAUGCUGAUGUGAUUGGGAUGACAACAUCAGGAGCUGCAAGAUUCAGAUCACUUGUACAAAGAAUUCCGACAAAAGUGGUAAUUGUUGAAGAAGCAGCAGAAGUAUUAGAAGCUCACAUUGUGACAUCAAUGCCACGAACAACUGAACAUCUCAUCUUAAUUGGCGACCAUCAACAACUUAAACCUUCCCCCACUGUAUACCAACUUGCUAAGGAUUACAACUUGGAUGUUUCUUUGUUUGAAAGAAUGAUAAACAACAACAUUCCGUGCGCUAAACUUGCGAUACAACAUCGUAUGAAGCCUUCCAUUGCAAACCUGAUUCGACCUGAAAUUUAUAAAAAUCUGCUUGACCAUGAAAGUGUGUUAAAGUAUGAAGAAAUAUCCGGUGUUUCAAAAAGUGUGUUCUUUAUUUCCCAUGAGCAAAAAGAGGACACUGUACUCGAUGGAAGAACAAAGGUGAACAACUAUGAAGCAAGAUACAUGGUUGCACUUUGCAAACACCUCAUGCUACAAGAUUACAAACCAUCUCAAAUCACCAUACUUACGACUUAUACAGGUCAAUUAUUUGCCUUUAAGAGAAUUAUGGAGCAAACACUUUACCGAGGUGUUCGAGUAACAGCUGUUGAUAAUUAUCAGGGUGAAGAGAAUGAUAUUAUUCUGCUUUCCCUGGUUCGAAGCAACGAUGAGGGUAGAAUUGGUUUUCUCAGCGUUCGUAACAGAGUAUGCGUGGCUUUAUCAAGAGCAAAGAAAGGUCUUUACUGCAUUGGAAACUUGGAGCUUCUUAAGGAGAAAAGUGAUUUGUGGCAAACCAUUGUAGCUAAGUUGCAACACGAAAACAUGACAGGAACAGCUUUAACACUGCAGUGUAAAAACCAUCCAGAAACAACUGUAAAAGUAGAAAGUCCAGAAGAUUUUGAAAAAUUUCCAGAAGGUGGUUGUGGUAAAGUGUGUGAGGUCCGACUUCCAUGCGGCCAUGUGUGUCCACGCAGCUGCCACCCUGAUGAUCAAGACCACACAAAGUUCAAAUGUCGCAAACCUUGCCCUAAGUCAUGUUCCAAAGGCCACAGAUGUAAGAAGAAAUGCAGUGAUGAUUGUGGACCGUGUACUGAGAGAAUGGAAAAGAUGGUUCCAUCCUGUUGUCACAUUGAAAAGAUGUAUUGCUCCAAAGAUCCAUCCGAACAUAUUUGUUUAAAGCCAUGCAGCAAAACAUUAGCAUGUGGACAUAAGUGUACAAGUGUAUGUGGACGACCAUGUAAAGCAGAAUUGUGUACAGAAAAAAUAAAAGUCGAUCUGUCUUGCGGCCAUGAAAGUAAAAUACUUUGCCGUGAUUCAGCAAAUCCAGAUAAAGAUAAAUGUAAUGAACCAUGUGAUGAGAUGCUGAAGUGUGGACAUGUUUGUAAAGGAACUUGCAGUAGUUGCAUGCAAGGUCGCCUACAUAAAAGGUGUGGCAAGAAAUGUGGUCGUGUAUUAUUCUGUGGUCACGCAUGCACGGAAAACUGUGCAGUCAACUGCCCACCUUGCCAAGUCGCCUGUAGCACACAGUGUGAACACAGCAAAUGCAAAAAGAAAUGCAUGGAGUUGUGUGUAUUGUGCACGGAGCCAUGUGAAUGGAGGUGCUCGCAUUAUAAAUGCAACAAAUUAUGCAGUGAGCCGUGUGAUAGACCACCUUGUAAUGAACCAUGUGAUCAGACAUUAAAAUGCGGUCAUCCAUGCAUUGGCUUGUGCGGUGAACCAUGUCCGAAACUUUGUCGAAUUUGUGACAAAGCUGAAGUGACAGAAAUUUUUUUCGGAGAUGAAGAAGAAGAUGAUGCAAGAUUCGUGGAGUUGCCUGAAUGUGGUCACGUCUUCACAUAUGAUGGACUUGAUAAAUGGAUGAACAUGGAUGAUGAGAAUGAUGAAGAUGUUGAUAUCCAACUGAAGAAAUGUCCAAAAUGUAACACCUUCAUUAGAAGUGCUACAAGAUAUGGUCAAGUUAUUAAUAACCAGUUAAGAGCAAUAAACAUGGUGAAAGAGAAGAGUCAUGGAACAAACGCAGAGAUCAGGAUUGCAACGAGACAACUUGACAGAAAAUUAAACGAAAGAGAAAGUUUUCAAUGUUGUUUUACAGAAGAUGUUAUUCUGCUACGUCAACAGUUAGGGAAAAAUCCCAAAUCACUUGCUGCACUCACAGUUAUCGAAACUCAGUUUAAUGGCUUGUGUUCAUUAUCUACAGUAAUGACAAAAGUCAAAAAACUUAAAAGGACAGCGGAUCCUCAUACAAGUGAAAUAAUACAUCUCUUGCAAAGUCUACAAAAGGAUAUAUUGCACACUCGUGCUUGGCUUAUGGAAGAUAGGUCGAGAUAUUGUGAACAAGAAAUUGAUGAUUUUGAAAGAGAAUUAAAGAGAAUUUAUAAAGCUUUUACAUUUACUAUCAUUCAAGAUAAUUUUGACAAAAACAAACGGUAUUUGGAAAAUAAGCAUACUGUGAGACCACUAGUUAAACAAGGAGUUCAGCUUCUCUUUGAAAAUUUUGCACCGUAUGAAGGAAGCAAGAAGGAAAAAGUCAAAACUGCGUUAAAACAAAUUAAACAAUUAGAGCCUUGCUUGCUUGAGAAUGGUAAACUUACAAAGGUAGAGAGGGAUAUGAUUGUGAAAGCCAUGAACUUAAGCAAGGGUCAUUGGUAUAAAUGCAAGAACGGUCAUAUUUACUGCAUUGAUCAGUGUGGUGGUGCAACACAACGUAGUGUUUGUCCAGAGUGCAAAGAAGUUAUUGGUGGAGAAGGACACCGACUGUAUCAAGAUAACAGUGUUGCCACAGAAAUGGAUGGAGCCACUAGACCAGCAUAUGACCCUCAAAAUCUAUAUAUACCACCUGAAGUGUUUUUCUAAAACAAGUCUUCAUUUACUAAAUCAUGAAACCAAAAUAUACCUACUUUUUCAUUCACUUCAUUUCAAUGUUUGUAAUUAAUUUUGUAAUUUAAACUGAAUUACCCCGACUGCCCUAAAUAUCUAGUUAUUUAUUAAAUCUUCAUUCAAAUGUUAGAAUUUCUUUUUUAUACCAAUUCUUAAGAGCCAUUCAUAAUUGUUUUAUUGUCAGCUUGUAUAACAGCAUGACACUUUAAUUAUACAGUGAUGGUGAAUGUGUAAUAUAUAAACAUGUUUAUUAUAUACGGA